UUAUGAAUUAAUGAAGUUGUAGUUGGCUGCUUCGGCAGAGUUACUUAGAUUCCGUUCUAUUUCCGAUUCAUUUCAGUUCCAAUCCAUCCUCAUUUGUACUAGAACAGUACAAGUGGUAUCAGAUUCGUUCGAUCCACAUUCGAUGAAAUCAAUAGGCCAGUUGAUAAUAUUUCUCUUCAAAGGAACAGGUUGUUGUUAACAAAUGAGGAAUUACAGGAUCUCAAGAGUCGUUUCAAGCUUAUAAUCGACACUGUGUUCGAGAAAUAUUUUGGCCAGAAGACCUACAAUCGUGCAUAAGGAGAUUCCAAAAUUACUUCUAAGUCUAAUCAUGGUGGUGGGUUCUCAUCUGAUGAAGGAGAUUCUACUAAAUCAACUGGACUUUCCGACCUGAUCAGUGAGUCUGUUGCUCAAGAUUUGUGUGUUGAUACAUCUGAAGAGGCAAAAUCAACUCCUACUUCAGUUCCGUUAAGUUCUGUUUCUCCAGUUCAUACUCAGGUUGAAUCUCAGAACGUUCGAUCGAUUUCUACCGGCGCUGAUAAGGAGGAUUCAAUUGAUAGUGUCAAUUCCUAAGUUGAUGAAGCUGCAAAGACUGCUACAAAUGCUUUCAUCAAGAUAUGUCAGGUAAAAUUGAUGAGGGUAAUUGUGAGGAACUUGAAUGCUCGAAGGAAUUGGUCUUUCGUCACAGUAACCUAAUUGCUUAAACUGGGUAGAGUUUUUGAUCACGGAAAAGAAAUUGAGCUUAUUAAAGGGUUAUCUUCUUUUGUUGGUGAUUCUGAAGGCUAUUUUGAUACAAUUUCUUCUUGUGUGGUUGCUCGGCUUGGGUCUGUAUUACUGGAAAGGUACAAUGAGGGUUUGGUUUGUGAGAUGUUUUCAAGUCAUGGGUAUCCAUUCGAAUUUCAGUUUCUGAAUUCUUUGAGUCUUGGAAUUCCUUAUGUAGUUGAGAUUGAAGGUGCAUAGAAUUUGGUCGUUGAAUUCUGCAUAAAUCGAUUUUUAUUUCUCUUAUUGGUUAGAGUGAUGAGCAUUAAGAAGGAACAUAAAUGGUCUAUUCAAGUGCUUGGUAGGAAGGGAACAUAAAUUUUAUUCUUACAACUACCAUGUGAGUUGUUUGAAGUGAAGGCAGUUCAUUUUUUGUGCUUACAUUUUGUUGUCAAGAGUGAGGGAGUUCACAUACCAGCAGAUGAGUUAUCUUUCCAACUGAUUAGAGUUUUGAAUUCAGCUAGUGCUCUUGCAUAUUCUUGUUGUAUUCCACUGCGAGGUUUGAAUAAAAGGGAAGACAAUAUGCUCCUGCGUAUUUCUGCAAGGUUCUUUCAGGUGAAACUAUUCAAAGUUUUACUUGAUAGACAAGACGGCAAUGUGCUCCAGAUUCUUUCGAAAGAGUUCCGGAAAUUCUCAGUUCACACAAAUGUUAGCACUCGUUUAAUUCUUGCAAGAAUUGAUACUUUUCAGCACACUACAUUACUUACUUCUGAAAUAUUUUGGCGGUUUCCGAUUCAAAAGGGAGUUGUGAUAACAGUUGCGCAUUCGAGUUGGAGUUAUCUGCACAAGUCUUGUCGUGUUGGGCAUUCUAAGAUCCAAGUUACAUACUUAUAGAUGUUAGUGGACAUUUUGAGAUGGAAAUACAAAUGUACUCUACAGGUUUAAGGAAUGUUUCAAAUGCGAGUUUGACCAUUAAACUGGUGAGCAGGCACUCCCUUAGCAUUCAUGAAUUGAAAGGCUCGAUUGCAAUUAUGUUGGUUGAGACCGGUGUUGUUUGCAAGUUAUUGCAUAAAAGGUUACAACAGGGUACAGUUCUAUGGUCGAGGUUGCUAUUUCAAGUGGCAGGUCAUCAUGCAGCUAGUACUGCGAGAGAAUUAUUCGACCAACUACAUCAUAGUAGUGGAUACAGUUUAUGUGAUGCUCUACUCUUCCAGAUGGGAGGUGGUUUACAUACAUCUCAGGUUAUUCCCAAGCGACCUACCUGUAAUUUUGUGUUUCUUGCUCUUAGUACCAGCAAGCUGGGUCAUCAGUCUUUACAGCAGGAGAUCGGAUUAUGCUGGCUUAAUCUCAGUUUGGGGAGUAUAGCACGUGGUAGGGUUUUCGCUUGGUUUUUCACUUGGCUACCAGAAGAACCUAGCUCUACAGUCCAUGGUAGUAAGGAAUGUUGAUCUCACUGCGAAGAGUUUCUUGUAAAAGGGGUGGAAAUCACAGAUGUAGUGUGGCCUCGUUCUAUGAUUGUUGAGCAGCUUAUGGGGCCAUCUAAUCUCAAGCAACACCUUAAGUGGCAGUUACAUGUGGUACCGUUUCAGAUCUACCCUUCAGCAACAGAUACAUCAAAUGGUCGAGAAAUAUUAGAAGCAACCUUUUUGCCAGCUUCCAAGACACUGCAGACUGCAUAUACAAAGCAUUUUUCUGCAAUAACUAUAGUCUGGGUAUGACAGUUCAUUUUUGCAAUAGAAUGGACAGUGGUGUAGAAGGCACGCUGUUCAGAAGUUAUGUCAAGAUUUUCAGAAUGAGUCUCUUUUCGCACUCCUCACCACAUGCACCUGGGGUCUAUGGAAGUUUUGCUUUUCUAGAGGAAGUUGAAAUGAUUCUAACUGUGUUGCUGUGGGUAGGAUACUUCAGGUGGAAAUUUAGAUGGGUUUCACCUGGUUGGCGGCGGAUAACAAAUGUUGAUCAGAGUUUUAUCUCAAUGGGGUGCCUUGCUGGAAACUGGAAUCCUAGGAGCUAUUUGUUUUACCAAGCUACAUUCCCCAGUCUAAUUGCAGUUACUCUUAUGAGGAGCAAUCUAUCCUCGGCAAGUUUAUUGAGUAUCAGAAAGGGGAAUGCUGCCAUAAUUGGUAUUUUGUCUUCAUGUCAUGCUCAAACGACAUCUUUGUGCUUUUGUCGGCUAUUGUGGCAGCGGGAAAUUAGUAUGCUUCUUAUGGGCGUCCGGAGUGCAAGUACUCUAACGUGGAUCAAUGUGGACGUCACAUCAGUUGUCAUCAUUGGUUCUCACUUGCAGAUUCUUGAGAAGUGGAAGUAUAAACGAAGAAAUGUCAGCAAGCUCAUGCACCUUGCAUCCACAUGUGCUGAUCAACUCAAUAGGGUACUGGUGUGCAAUCAAAGACAAUGUUAAACCCAUUUACUCAUCCUUGAGGACAAGGAUGCAUUUAAGGGGGGUGGAUUGUCAUGUGACUUCUGAUAUGGCUGCCCUUAGUUUAUUUGGUUAGCGAUGAGAGUCUCAGGUGCCCUUAAUAAUCGAGUGUCUGCCUAAAUAAUAUUUGGUAAUUGUUUCCUAGUGGAUUAUGGACAUGUGUCCGGCUAGGAUUGAUACCUUACUUAAGGUUUUCCUUUCAUCCCUAGUUGCAUUUAAGUUGUAAGAAGAACCCUAUCAUAUCAUUGUACGAAUGGCUAGGAAUCUUAAGAUCAACCGCAUGAUGGCUCUUGGCUUUUAUCAGGAGAGUUUGAGAAUGAUUUUUUAACAUGAAUAGAAAGAUCACACAAGAUGCUUAGUAAAAAUA